CGAAUGGUCACACGUGACACAGCCACUCUGGCUUGCCCUAGUACCGUAGUACGAUGUCGACGUCGUACAUCGCCAUCGAUGUUCCGUUUAAAGCAGAUAUCUGCGUGAUGGAGGGUUGAUCGCGAGUAGGUGAUCCAUAUGAAUGAGCAGAGCCACCAUAAAUACUGGUCCGUGCUCUUCAGAAAGGGAUGGACGUCUCUAGAAGUACGUCCAAUGACAAUGGCACCAGCUUCAUUCUCCAUUCACAAGCAGUAGUUAUACCGAUGAGAUUCCAUUAACCAUUCACUUUUUGGCCGCGGUAUCUCCUCAACCAGCGCCGAGCGACGAACACCACCCAAUAUGUUGGAGGUCAUUCCAUCAUUUGGCCAUGGGAGACAUGCUGUGCUCGACAGAUGCCAUGGGCAUACCUCAGUUAUUAUGUUAUUCGACUACCACCAUCAUCCUAUCCAUUCUUGACCUCCAUACCACUCUACGUUCGUUCUCCGGUUCCAUACCUCAAUGACAGACCAUAGUCGUCCUACAAUGGAGAUUUUCACUGGAGCUUCCGGGACCACCAUCGACAGAAGUCAUUUAUCAAACGUCGGAAGGGAUCAGAACAUUUACACUACGAUCCAUCACAAUAUCGUCCAGAACCGAGGGGAGAGAAAGUUGAAUAAGGACAUACCAGAUCUUUCCGAGUUCACCGAAAUCAAGCGAGGCGAUAUAUUUAAAGAUGACCACGUUUGCUAUAGUUGGCGGUUGUGUUCGAAUGGGCAGGACGGAACUGAGGCAGCUGUCUUUCUUGCACAAAUCAUGAUAGGUGGCCGCUGUGAGAACAGCAGAUUCACUGUGAAGACAUACCGCGGGCGAAAUGCGAUGAAGGAAUGGAGGCGAGAUUUUCUACAAUGUUCCAAGGACUUGUGUGGGAAUGUUCCACUUUUCGGGUAUAACAAGUCUUCGCUUCCUUCGUUGAUUUUCCAUGGAGAACUCGUACCUCUUGCACAUAUUGAGCCUCGAUUAGGGAGAAUGGGGGCGCACUACAUCGACUUACUGAUAAGCAAUUUAGGUUGUUUAGCAGACGAGUUGUGGAUGAACCCCAUCAAGGGAAACUUUUGUCGUGGUCCGACUGGGCCUGAAUGUCGUGGAACUUAUUAUGAUCGCGGGGUUAUCACAAUUCCAUCGGACGUCGAAUUUCUCAAAGAAGACACAGUAGUCCGAUAUCUCUCUAGCACAACAUAUUAUCUCUGGUUUCUUAAUGCACUCAGCUUUAGGAGGUCCAUAGAAGAUCCCGACAUUCCCUUUACAACUAGUUACCCAGGGGUCAUUUCAGGUCGGACAAAGUCGAUAAUUGCUUUCGCGCCAACCGUAUGCUGGUGGAGGACUCCGUUUUCUGGUUGUCUUGAUAAAUUCCCGCUCGAACUGGCUGGGGCGUCAAGGUUCUACCUGACAGACACGAGGCGUCGCGUGGGAGUAUUCUCUGAUUCCGGAGCGGCUUCGUGGCUGUCGCAAGCCUUGAGCAUUUUUCAUGCUCAUAAUAUUUCAUUGAACGAGGAUCUUUCCACCUACAAACUCAUCUUCCCUAACUUCGUGCUCGGAGGAGCACUCAAGAAAUCCAAACAAAAACGACAAAGACGCCAGCUAUGUGGACCCAUUUACCUCUUUCUCCGACUUCCCUCUGCCCCCGAAGAUUUGUGUUCUUGGUCCCUCGAUCCAACUGGUGAAACUGCACUGUCGGCAGACAUGUGCAAGUACCUUGGCCUUCCCUUUCAUCUUUCCCUCACCGUGAGCCACCACCAGAAUUCCUGGUCCACCCAGAUGUACAAAGCUCUACAUAAUUACCAAGUUGCGAGGGGAUUUGAUCCUACGACUACGGAUUUUGCACGAGCUUGUGGACAUCAUAUGUAUGAAAUGUUCGUAGAGGACCUGGACCGUUUUGAAGAGAGUUCAGAGUCCACAACCGAAACAGCACCCACCAAGCGUUCGCGAUUGGGUAAACUAUUUGCGCCCUUCAUUCGAGGGUUUAGAUAUCUCACCUGCAGAAAUCCGGAUGCUGCCUAGUUGGUCUAGCGGUAAAAUGCGACAAUCCGGCUGUCUAUGUAGUUUAUGGACACAUCUUGUAAAUACGUACAUGACGGGGGACCUAUUUAUCAAUACGACAACUUGUAAU